UCAGUAAGUAUCACCUGUAAGUAAUCAUAAUAAGAAUGCAAGCUAAAAAUGAAUAUAGGUAGUAAAUAAAUAAAAGGCUUUACUAGAAAUGCCAAAUUACUAAAAAAAGUAAAUAAGUGUAUUAAUGAUAUAAAAUGAAUGCAUUUCGCUAUCAAAAUUCUAUUUUGAAGUGGUGGCUGUUCAAUUGUUUGGUCAAGUUUAGUAAAACCUUCAUCUUAUUUUACGGAAAAAUUGCUUCAAAAGAAAUUGGUCAAAUAUUUGGAAAAAACAGUAUUAAUGAGCUGAAAAAAUUUUCAUACUCAAGUGAUAUCUUUCUUAAUAAAGAAAAUUUGAUAACAGCUAUAGAAGAGUUAGGGAAGUCUGCUGAAUUUGAGGAAAUUAUUGUUAGAGAAAAUGCUUCUUUCAAUAAUGUAGAGUAUUUUGACACAAAAAAUAGUUAUGGAGCCGUUUCUUUUACUCUAUUUGAUACUAUCUAUUGUAGAAGUGGAUUAGCUACUAUCAAAGCUAAUAUUGGAGUUAAUCAUGGAUUGUAUCAAUAUGAAGUCCAGUUAUGUUCAAAUGGUUCAAUGAAAAUUGGAUGGGCUACUAAAUCUUGUGUGUUUACAGAUUCUUCGGGAGUUGGUGAAACAGUAGAUUCAUAUGGUUUUGAUGGUUACCGCACAGAAGCUACUCAUAAUUCAAAUAUUUCAAUAUAUGGAAAAAAGUGGAGAGUCGGAAAUGUAAUUGGUUGUGUACUUGAUUUUACCAACCAAACUAUCGAAUAUUUCAAUAAUGGUCAACCAUUAGGAAAAGCUUUUGAAAAUGUGAAUGUUAAAGAUUUAACCUUUUAUCCAACAAUAGGGUUAACUAGUGAAGAGCGAAUAUCAGUUAAUUUGGGUAAAAAACCAUUCAAGUUUAAUGUUAGUGGAGCAAGGCCAUUAAUUGAUACCCCAGUUAUUUUAAUGAAUUACUUAAAACAGCUUCAACCUAAAAUAUACAAUGUAGUAGAAUCAUCUAUUAAUUUACAGUUAUCUACCAAAGACAUUAAAAAAUUAACUAAUCAAAGUAUAGUUAGAAAUAUUAUUAAGACAGUGUUAUUUAAGCAAUUUGGAACUUUAAUGUCAAUACCAUACUUAAUAGAUUAUUAUGUUAUUGAAUGUAUUGAAUCUUUGUAUAAAAAGAAACCAAAAGAUGUAAUAGAGUUGCUUAAAAUAAUGUGGGAAUAUUUACCUGAAAACAAAAUGAUUUUUAUUUUGGAAAAUAUUUUGUUUUAUAUGUCAAGCGAAUUUAAAUGCAUUUGGAGAAAUGGUUUUGAUGUUUCAUAUCAAAUACUUAUACUCAAACUAUUGAUCGAAUUUUGCUCUGAAAGGAAAACUAGAAGACAUUUAAUAAAAAAGAUAUUUUUUGACAAAGUUAGGUUUUCAUAUUUUUUACAUAUAAUUGCUCCAUCAGAUGAUAUAUUUCAAAUUAUUGUACCUGAUGUUUACUGGAGUAUUGAAAAUAUUGCAAUAAUUGAGGACAUUAAAUUUAAACUUCUAUCUGCCCUUUUAACUGAUAAAACAAAACAUAAUAAAACAUCAUAUAAAAAUGCUUGUGCAAGAAUUCAAGAAGUAGUUAAUAGUAUAGAAGAAUUUCAAAUAAUAUUUUUAGAAAAGUUAUUGUGCGAUAAUGAUCAAACUGAAAUGGAAGUAAGCUCCAGAGUUCUAUUUUCAAGAAGGUUUCAUAAUUUUAUUCAAGAAAACAUGAUGUAUUGGAGAAGUGAUCCAAUGCUAAAGUUACCUGGUCCAGUUAUUUUAAGUACAAUUUUUAGAUUAGCAAUGGUAAUACAAUUAAUUUGGAGAAAAGAGUUAAUGGAGUAUAAACUUGUCAAAAUUUAUCCAAAUAUUUUUUAUUUUGAUCACUUAAAUUUUAUUGGGACUGAAAGAAUUGGAGGAACAUUUCCCUAUCUAAAAACAAAAUACAAAACAGAGAUAAAUACUAAACUACUUGAGUUUGUGAAUGACCAUGGAAAUUCUUCAUUAAGCAGUAUUCUAUCUGAAGAUGAUGACAUAGUUGAAGCAGAUCCAACAGCUAAUUUAAUGGCAAUUUUGUCGAGAUUUGUGGCAAUUACACAAGAUAGAGACGUUGAAGAUAAUUUUAUACAAUCGACAAAUGUUUUUAAAAGAAUUUCAUCUGAAUAUAAUAACAUUUUUGUUGAUACAAGGAGUGUUCUUUCAGAUAUAUUUAAUAAUAUAAUUUGUUUAUACAGCAUAGCAGGGCAUAAACAGUUGGUUGAAUAUGUGUCUUUUAAAGAACGUUUAGCUGAUUUAUCAGUCGAGUAUGCUGUGAUAAAUUAUGAAAUAAAAUCAUCAAAAGAAAAUAAAGAAGAAAAUGAAGAAAAUUUAAAAAGAGUUAAACAUAAUUUAAUCCUCACUUCUCGUUAUAUGGCUUGGUUAUUGAGUAUGAUUUUUUUUGAUUCUAAAGAGCAAAUUUUAUCUUGGAUGUUGAUGGUGGUUGCUAGUACGAUUAAAAAUUGUUCAGAAUAUGAAGAGGAGCUGUUUAGAUUUUUACCAGAAUACUAUCUAGAUAAUUUAUUAGGUUUGACAGUUAUGUUACCAGAUUAUACUAAUGCAAUUCAGCAGUAUGAAGGAAUUGUUACAGACAAAAAAUGGUUAGCUCAAUUGAUAGGAGAAAUUUUUCUUGAACAUUUUGAAGAUAUUAGAAUAGUUCAUCCUAAAUCAAAAGAUAUAAUUUUACAAGGCAUAACAUUGUAUUUUACACAUCCUCAUUCUGUUCAAAUUUUAGAAUCUGCUUCAGAUUCAAGUCGUUUGCAUGCAAUGCAUUCAAUAUUCAAACCACUGGAUCAGAAAAUAUGGGCAAAAACAAAUAUUGUAUUGAUGUUAAUUUGGUAUGGAUCUGGAUUUGGAUUUCGACAUACUCAACCGCCUCAUUUAGAAAACCGACGAAUACCUCCUCAAGAGACAAUUGAAGAUAUUUUGUUCAUUAACAUGGGAAAAGAAAGACCAGCAGCAUAUGUUUUUCAAAAUGAUAUAAAAUCGAUAAUAACUAGUGAUAAAUAUUUGGCAUCUAACUUUUUAAAUAAUUCACUAAACCAUCUGAACUGGGCAUUUUCAGAGUUUAUUAGUUUAUUUCAAGAAGUGAAGGACAUAGAAAUUCAUAAUGAAACAGCUCAAACUGCAGAGAUUAUGAGUAAACUAAAAAUGUGUUCAACAUGUUACGCUCUAUCCGUGACAUUACUUCGAGUUAUUGAAAUGGUAAUUACUUUUGAUCGUAGCCUAGUAACCAACCAAGAAGGAUCUUUAGAAAGAAUAGCUCAGGUUAUUUGUCAAAUACUUUACCGUGUUAAUUUUUCUACUAAUACAUUUCAAUAUAUACUUCAAUCAACUCUGCCAUUUACCGAAUGUAUUCAUAAAUUUUCAAUUCUUGUAUCUACUAUUGGUGUAUUAUUAUCAAUGAUUCAAUGUGAAAUUGAUGAAGACAGUAAACAUAUAGAAUCUUCUAAUACAUUAUUAAGUGAUCUAUUUACAAAAGCACUUAUUUCCGAUCAAAACUUUUCUAUAAAUUCAUUGGAUUUUAUAAUUUUACCUCCAACUGAAGAAGAUGAACCAUUUUCUUUGAAGUCAUAUGAGUCAUAUUUUACUAAUGAAGAACUACUAAAAGUAAGUGACGUUUAUCAUCAUUUAGUUUGGUAUAUGAAUCAUCAAAAAUCUUCAAUUUCUGGAAUUAAUGAUGAAGAUAUUUGUCUUUUGUGUUACUCUAACAAAAAAAAUGUUGUUAUAAUGCCAUGCAAACAUCAAUGUUGCAAAUUGUGUAUCAAUCACCAUCUUCUUUACUCUACAGUUUGUUUUUAUUGUAAGGGACCUAUUGAAAUGGUAGUAGAUUACAAAGAUUCUUCUAAAGUGUUACAUGAUUUUACAAGUAAUAUUCGAACUUCCGAAUAAAAAAAACAUAUUUAUAUUGAUUUGUUAUAUUUUUUUAACAGAUUAUCUUUUAUUAUUUUUGUUUUGUUUUUAUUGUUAUUAUUCAAAAUAAAAUAUCGCUUAUAAUUUUUUGAAAAAAAUACUUUAUGUAUAAUUAA